AUGGUUGACAUAGCUCGUGUUUUUUCGCCUGUGGUCGUCUUUCCUAGUAGCGAAGUACGGCCACAAUCAUCGGAUCGUAUUCGUAGCGCAUCAAGUAAACGAGUCUCUAGUGCUAGUACGCAUCGUACAUCCUGCAUAUCAUCAGCGGUAUCAACUGUUGAAAGCGAUGGUUUACAUCAUGGACGAUACACUAAAAAUGAAACCAAUGAUGAAAAAGAUUUCGAAGCAGAACUUCGAGACGAACUCACAACCCCAUUAACUGGCGUUAAUUUACUUGAACUAAUUAAUGACAAAAUCUCUAAACUCGAUCAAUCAUUGAGAUCAGUUGAAGCACCAUCGGAUACGCAUAAAAAUCAAGCAUUGAUUACUUCUGAAAAACUUCGAACUAAUGCAAUUCAAAACGGACAAGCACGACAACAAGUACAACAAUUUGCUGGUCUUCUUGCUUUUAAAUCGACUUUUCAAGAUCAGAUUACAGUAACAGUGAAACCAAAAACUAAUGCUAAUCCUGUAAUAGACCAAGAUCAAUCAACAUUAUUAGAAAUUUUUCAAUAUCCAGGUUUUGAUGAGCAACAAAUGACUCCAUUACCAUUCAACAUUUCUCUCGAUGCACAAGUCAUGAGACAUGUACUUCCAAAACGAUAUACACUCUCAAAACAAGCACCCUACAUUAAAGCUUUACUUGAUCUUUACUAUUGUGAUCCAACUAGAGCAUUAGUUUUGGACAUCUUUUGGUGGGCAUUUCUUGAAAAUUAUCAAAAUCAACCUAAAAUUCAAAAGCAAUUACUUGAACGAGCUUCAAUUAAUUACGUUGCCCUUCUUAUGAUGGAAAUUGACUUACGCUAUCGUGAUAAAUGUUUUCAGGUUUAUCCUUCACUUUUAGCUGAAACUGUUUUUGCGUGCUAUAAAGUAUGUUUUCCGGCGUCACUUAAACAAAUGCCUGUUGAUGCCGAAGCAGCUGGAAAAACUAACGAAGAAAAUAAAAAUAAACCAUUAGAACUUGGAAGUUUAACAGAAACUCCUGGUCAACACAUGAAAGAAUUAGUUAAUUUAGAUGGAUUUAAAAAUUCAAUUGCGAAUAUUUGCCAAUUAUGGCUAGGCGGUAUUCCAGCACCGCCACGUCGCUACGAACAAUGGCGAUCGAAAAUUGUUCAACAAGAAAAAAUAUCAUUUAAGGAAGUAACGCCAGCAAAUUCAACAAUCGUAUCAUCAGUAUCACAACCAGUCACAACACAAACUCCAAAAGCGUUUCCAUCAACUUCACGUACUACAUUGCUAAAUGGUACAAAAACUAUGGGAACUGAAAGUGUUAUUUCAAAUACUAAUCAUGCAUUAUUCAAGCUGAAUAAACGUAAAGAACCCCAUGAACUUUUAGAAGAAAUGUACAAGCAUACAUAUGAUCCACUACCGGAUCGACGUGUUCUCUUCGAAGAUUAUCAGUUUGAUAUAAACGGUAAUUCACCAUUAGCGGAAAAAUUCCUACGUUCAAGUCAUAUGUUAAAAAGCUCGGGUACACAACUUCUUAUACCACAUCCACAAAUAAUUCAAGUACCAUCAGUAAGUGCUGAAACCUACGAUGAGGAAAUAAAACGAGCUGCAAAAUUUUGUCGCAUUGUCCGAGCUCAAAGACAUAAAGAACGAGCUCAACAAAUAGCAGCAAGACAACGUGCAUGUACAUCAAAAACACGAAUUGAAUUGGAUAGACAAAAGAAGAAAAAAAGUUCCAUUUAUAGGCGACCGAUAAUGAAUACUCGCGCCGAUGAACUAAUAUCAAUAUCUCAACUAUCCUUCAAAUCUCAUGUAUGA